AUGCAUUUGACAUCCUUAUCAGCCCUCUUCGCAACAACGCUUUUUGCAUUUGCAUCCGUUUCCGACGCAGUACUGCCAGGAACAUGGCCACCGUUGGAUCAAGCUCCUCCGAUGAAACCAGAGUGGGCUAAAUUGGUCAACAAAAAGAAGCUACCAAAAGCUCCCGUACAAACUGCGCAAGCUGCAAAUUGUUCCCAGGCCGUACAGUUUUGUAUAUGGUCAUGCAAUGCUUGUACGCGAAGCGAAUCAGAUGUCACAGCUUGUCCUAAUGACAAAGAAUGGGGGAUCAGCUAUGAUGAUGGUCCAUCACCUUACACACCAGCACUUCUCGAUUUUUUAAACCAAACCAACACUAAAGUCACCUUUGCCGUUGUUGGUUCGCGUGUCGUCGAACGCCCCGAGGUCCUCCAACGCAUCAGAGACGAAGGACAUGAAAUAGUAGUACACACAUGGUCACAUCCGGCACUUACUACCAUAUCGACAGAACAAAUCAUUGCUGAAAUUAAAUGGACCGAGUUGGCAAUACAAACCGCUAUCGGACUGACUCCCAAGUACCUGAGACCACCAAGAGGUGAUUACGAUGACAGAGUAAGAUCUAUAGCAACCCAGUUGGGAUAUAAAAUUCUAAUGUGGGAUCGAGACACAUUCGACUGGAAGUCGGCCGAAGAUUCCAGUUACCAGCCCUCUUGGAUUUGGGGCAAUUUCUCGCAAUGGGUUACUGAUUCACAUGGUCACAUUUCGCUUGAGCAUGAUUUAUAUCCGGUAGGUGCUCAGAAUGCUCCUUACGCCAUAUCUAUUGUUCGAGAAGCGGGGUAUACUAUCAAACCAGUGUCUGUGUGUACCGGAACGGCAGCAUACAGAGAGAACGUGCAACUAGCCGCCAGUGGACCACUUCCAGCUGAUGUUACUUUACCUGAUCCACCAGCACCAUCACCAACAGAUUCGACAUCGGGAUCGGGACCGGAAUCGACAUCUAGUACUAAUGAUACGUCCGCUAAUGCUCAAUCGACCUCUGAUUCAUAUGCUUCUAGCGUAUCUCCUCAGUUUUCACGGCUCGGGCCAUUCAUAAUUCUGACAAUAUCUAUAGCUUUUUCGGUUUAUAAUAUAAGAAACAUUAUAAUUGGAUAG